AUGCCGACCUUUUCAUAUGACGACGACGACGACGAGGUCGCGCUACCAUCCACUACGUCGCCACCUCACGCCUCGUCGUCAGCAGAGGAUGCGGACCUGCCGUCUUAUUCCAAAACACCGCCCGAUACUCGCACCGCCCCACAUCUCAAGUCGACCAUAUCUUCUAAGGAGGCUCAAUUCGAGGCAGACUCGGACGAUAUUGACGAGGAAGACGACGUGGUCGCCAUUCAAGCUUCCCACAUCGGCCUUCGUUCCAACGACGGUCCCAUGUACACCUCUGUCGCAAACUCCUCGUCCGCCAACGCACGCAGGGAUCGAGAUUCGGGUCCUUCACUCAUCGAUCGUAUACCGGGCCCAGUCCGCUUUCGUGCCUCCCUCGACGGACUGAGUCAUGAUAUUCGCUCAAUACGUCAAUCGCUCGGCGUGCCCGGCUGGGACGGAGAAGGCAUUCCCGACUGGCUCAAAAGAGGUGCCGGUGUGUUCGAUGCCACUGUCAACAUGGCAAACAGCAUCCUUGGAGCCGGUAUUGUUGGUCUUCCUUACUCGAUGCGAGAAUCAGGCUUCGUCGCUGGUCUAGUCCUUCUCGUAGGUCUCUCCUUCCUCACCGACUGGACCAUCCGGCUCAUCGUCCUCAACGCGAAGCUCAGCGGUCGUAUCACCUACAUCGAAAUCAUGGAACAUUGCUUCGGCCACAAUGGCAAAGCCGCCGUGUCCAUCUUUCAGUUCGCAUUCGGCUUUGGUGGCAUGUGCGCCUUUUGCGUCGUUAUCGGUGACACGAUCCCUCAUGUCAUCAAGAUGAUCUUUCCGUCUUUGUCCGGCACCUUUCUCGCCAAUCGUCAAUUCGUCAUCACCCUCUUCACCCUCGCCAUCUCCUACCCGCUUUCCCUUUAUCGCAACAUCGAAAAGCUUAGCAAAGCCAGCGCCAUCGCUCUCGUCUCCAUGGUCGUCAUCAUCGUCGCCGUCACCAUUCGAGGUCCUGCCAUGCCCGCCGAGCUCAAGGGCGACCCUGCCCUUCGUUUCACCAUCGUCAACAUAAGCAACCUGGUUCGGUCCAUCUCUGUGAUCAGUUUCGCCUUUGUUUGCCACCACAACUCUCUGCUCAUCUAUGGAUCUCUGAAGGAGCCCUCGAUGAAUAAGUUCGGUCAAGUCACACACUACUCGACCAUCAUUGCCGCAGCUGCUACCAUCACCAUGAGCGUUGCUGGCUACUGGAGCUUUGAAGAGAAGACUCUGAGCAAUGUCCUUAACAACUUCCCUAACGACGACGUCAUCGUCAACAUUGCCCGUGGUCUUUUCGGGCUCAACAUGCUUACCACCUUACCGCUCGAAUGCUUCGUUUGCCGUGAGGUGCUCGAGACCUACUUUUUCGCGGGCGAAUUCGAUCGCAACCGCCAUCUGAUCUUCACCUCGAGCCUCGUCGUCAGCGCUAUGAUCAUCUCGCUCCUGACAUGCGACCUCGGUAUCGUGCUCGAAUUGACCGGCGGACUCAGUGCAACGGCCUUGGCAUUCAUCUUUCCCAGUCUUUGCUACCUUAAACUUACCAGCGAGACAGGCAAACGCGUACCGACCGCUGACUUGCCUCAUCUCACCAGCUCUUCUUGGCGAGAUCACGGCCCUAGCAGCAGUCACGCAGAUGCCCAGCACGGUGGACAACGCGGAGAGGAGGAACACGAGGCUCUCAUCGACCAAUCCAACGGCUCCAUGGACCACGGUCAAAAUCCUAUUCGAGCCAAUCAGUACGAUGAUGGGGGAGAGGAAGAGCCUCCCACGCUCGACCGCCUAGAGAGAAUGGAGGGUGGUCGAACGGCGGGCGUCAACGGUGGUGUCAGAGAGUCUGUCGACGUUGACGAAGUGGAACUACCGCUUCGACCUGGCGCAAGUGUACGAUUCCGACCAGCAGCAGCAAACCGAAAAUGGUGGCAAUCAACACGGCCGCUCAGUGUGGCGUGUGCCAUCUUCGGCUCGGUCGUCCUCGUGAUCAGCGGUUAG